AUGCUCUUCCAGAUGGGCCUAGAAGAUGACCUCAAGACUCUUGGCCACGCUGAUGUGGAAGCUGGCAAUCAUACACAACAACCAGACCACAGCUAUCAACCAAAAGUUCUUCCCUAUGGUCGGUCAUCAAAAUGGCCAUCGGUGGUGAUUGAGACAGGGUUCGCAGAGCAGAAAACACACCUGGUCAAGAAGACACAAUGGUGGAUUCAUCAAUCAGAGGGUGAUGUACGAGCUGUGAUCACCAUCUCAGUGAACCAGAAGGUCAGAGAGAUCAUCCUCGACCACUGGCACCCUGUCAACCGCCCAACCCGAGGAGUUCCAAGCCGGAUGGUGGCAGAGAGUACUCAACAAGUGGUGAUCUCACAGGGGGCGGGGGAUGACGCCUCUAUCAAGGUUGAAAAUGCACCCUUUGUCGUUCCUUUCUCCAGCUUCUUCCUCCGUGAACCUUUGCCGGGCAAAGAGGCCGACUUUAGAUGGACAAAAGAGCAGCUGGAGACUUUGGGUAAAAACGUGUGGGAGGAUCAUCCAAGGUCUAGAACAACAGGUUCAAAGGUGGCUUGA